CGAGCAGGGUGCAGCAACUGGAGGCGGCUGCGCGUCUGGAGGAGGCUGCAGCAGCGGAGGACCGGAGCCCAGAUCCAGGACUGAGCUCUCAGCACCAUGAACCUGGCCAUCAGCAUCGCUCUCCUGCUGACAGUCUUGCAGGUAUCCCAAGGGCAGAUGGUGACUAGCCUGACAGCCUGCCUGGAGAACCAGAGCCUUCGUCUGGACUGCCACCAUGAGAAUACCACCUCCUUGCCCAUCCAGUACGAGUUCAGUCUGACCCGUGAGAAAAAGAAGCACGUGCUAUACGGCAAUGUGGGGGUGCCUGAGCACACAUACCGCUCCCGCACCAACUUCUCCAGCAAGUACAACCUUAAGACCCUCUACUUAUCUGCCUUCACCUCCAAGGACGAAGGGACCUACGCAUGCGAACUCCACUCCUCUGGCCCGUCACCCAAGGUCUACUCCCAGAACAUCUCUGUGCUCAGAGACAAACUGGUCAGGUGUGAAGGCAUUUGCCUGCUGGCUCAGAACACCUCAUGGCUGCUGCUGCUCCUGCUCUCUCUAUCCCUCCUCCAGGCCACGGAUUUCAUUUCCCUCUGACUGGUUGGGCCCAUGGAAGAUACAGGAAGCCGCAAGGCCCAGUGCAGAGAUCCUACUUUCCUGAGUCCGCUGACCCCCUCCCCCCAAUCCCUCACACACCUCGGGGAGAAAUGGGGACCCCACCCCUUAUAAGGAACCCCAGUGCUGCAUGCCAUUAUCUGCCCAUGCCCACUGCCACUUCACCCUGUCCGCACGCCACUGGCUGUCUUUUUGUAUUCUUUGUUCCAGAGCUGCUUCUGUCUGGUUUAUUUAGGGUUUAUCCUUCCUUUUCUUUGGGAGUUUGUGACAAGGGAAGCCAGGGUUGGGGACCUAAAGGAGGGUAAGGGCAUGUGAGAUGGAGGGGUACCAUCCCUGGGGGGGUCAUCUUGCCCACUGGGACCAGAGGCCCAGGAGAGACCUGGAGGAGGAAGGAGUGGGGUGUGUUGGGGCCUAGCACAGACACAGUCUGUGCUGACACCGUUUCUCAGCAGUCAGGGAUGGUGCCUGAAGACCCCAGAGGUGAGGGCACUGCCAAGCACUUGUGGCCCAUCAUGUGAGAGAGAGGGCUGAGCGUCCCUAGGAGCAUUCUCACAGCAAAAAAGCCCUCCUCUUACCAGAACUGCAAAAGUUCCCUGAGGACCUUAAGCCAGGGAUGUGACCCCAUGAAGAUGUAGAUUGAGCCAGAUAAACUGUGCUAAUGGAGAGGUGAAGAAGGGGGUACAAGGUGAGGGUCCAUCAUCCCUCCCUUCCUAUAGAAACUAAAAACGUGAGCCUGCUGUCCCUCACUGCCUUGACCAGCAGUUGAGAGAGUGGCAGGGGAGGACAGGCCUCCUCCUGGGCUGUCCCAAGCUCCCAAGAGCUUCCAGAACUUAAGCCGGAGCCACUAAAUCAGACAGGUCCCAGAGCUGCACAGAGUUUGGCCCAACUUUCUAAGGGAGGCUCUUCCCUCCCUCGCUCAUUAGUGCCAGCCCCUGCUGGCUGGUGCCUGAGCCCCUCAGACAGCCCCCUGCCCCGCAGGCCUGUCUUCUCAGGGACCUCUGGGAGGCCUGAGGCAGGCUGUGGAAGACCCAGGAGUGGGACAGUCCUUGGGAGAUGGCUUUUCCCAACACCCAGCUCCCCACCGGCGGCUCUGCCUGUCCGUGACCGUGUGUAGUGCCUCCACAGCUUCUGGCAUCUCAUUGAGGAAAAAGAAAACUGCACAAUAAAACCAAGCCUCUGGAAUCUGUCCUUGUGUCCAUUUCUGCUUUGCUGCUCCAGCAGUCCCAGGCCUGCCUCCCCCACUCAGCCAGACCUCUCCAAGGGCAGGAGGUCCAACAUGCAGCGGGACACACCUUCCUCUUCCCUGUUUUCCCCCCUCCUACUUUUAGCAACCCCAUCCCCAGGGGCAUUCCACUGCAUGCCGGGCUUCUUUUGAGAAUAACUCUAACAUGACACAUGUGCCCAAAUAAAGGGAUGUUCCUUC